UGAGGCUCUGUGAGAGAUGUUGCCAUUCAGCUGGGAAAAGCUCAACCCUAACAGCUGCGUGUGCUGGGAUCUCCUCUGUACUCCAGUCUGGGCCCUGCGGGGACCAUGUCUACUCAGAACCAUGGAGAUCAUCCCCUGGUAACCAGUUAGGAGGAGAGAGGUAUCUUGGCCUCAGCUGCCCUUGAAGUCACCAUGACGAGGUCCCCAGCAGCCACCGUCUUCCUGUUUCUGCUGCCGCUGCUGCUAGGCCAACCCCCUCCCAGCAGGCCACAGUCACUGGGCACCACCAAGCUCCGACUGGUGGGCCCAGAGAGCAGGCCAGAGGAGGGCCGCCUGGAGGUGCUGCACCAGGGCCAGUGGGGCACCGUGUGUGACGACAACUUUGCUAUGCAGGAGGCCACAGUGGCUUGCCGCCAGCUGGGCUUUGAUGCUGCCGUGACCUGGGCCCACAGUGCCAAGUAUGGCCAAGGCAAAGGACCCAUCUGGCUGGACAAUGUGCGCUGUGUGGGCACGGAGAGCUCCUUGGACCAGUGCGGGUCUAAUGGCUGGGGUGUCAAUGACUGCAGUCACUCAGAAGAUGUAGGGGUGAUAUGCCACCCCCGGCGCCAUCGUGGCUAUGUUUCUGAAACUGUCUCCAAUGCCCUUGGGCCCCAGGGUCGGCGGCUGGAGGAGGUGCGGCUCAAGCCCAUCCUUGCCAGCACCAAGAAGCACAGCCUUGUGACCGAGGGAGCCGUGGAGGUGAACUAUGAGGGCCACUGGCGGCAAGUGUGUGACCAGGGCUGGACCAUGAACAACAGCAGAGUGGUGUGCGGAAUGCUGGGCUUCCCCAGCGAGGUGCCUGUCGACAGCCACUACUACAGGAAACUCUGGGAUCUGAAGAUGAGGGACCCUAAGUCUAGGCUGAAGAGCCUGACGAAUAAGAACUCCUUCUGGAUCCACCAGGUCACCUGCCUGGGGACAGAGCCCCACAUAGCCAACUGCCAGGUGCAGGUGGCUCCAGCUCGGGGCAAGCUGCAGCCAGCCUGCCCAGGUGGCAUGCACGCUGUGGUCAGCUGUGUGGCAGGGCCUCACUUCCGCCCACAGAAGACGAAGCCACAACGCAAAGGGUCCCUGGCAGAGGAGCUGAAGGUGCGCCUGCGCUCCGGGGCCCGGCUGGGCGAGGGCCGGGUGGAAGUGCUCGUGAACCGCCAGUGGGGCACGGUCUGCGACCACAGGUGGAACCUCAUCUCUGCCAGCGUCGUGUGCCGUCAGCUUGGCUUUGGCUCUGCUCGUGAGGCCCUCUUCGGGGCCCGGCUGGGCCAAGGGCUAGGGCCCAUCCACCUGAGCGAGGUGCGCUGCAGGGGAUAUGAGCGGACCCUGAGUGACUGCAUGGCCCUGGAAGGGUCCCAGAAUGGCUGUCAACAUGAGAAUGAUGCUGCUGUCAGGUGCAAUGUCCCUAACAUGGGCUUCCAGAACCAGGUGCGCUUGGCUGGUGGGCGCAUCCCCGAGGAGGGGCUGUUGGAGGUGCAGGUGGAGGUGAACGGGGUCCCUCGCUGGGGGACUGUGUGCAGUGAAAACUGGGGGCUCACCGAAGCCAUGGUGGCCUGCUGACAGCUUGGCCUGGGUUUUGCCAUCCAUGCCCACAAGGAAACCUGGUACUGGUCGGGGAUGCAGAGAGCCCAAGAGGUGGUGAUGAGCGGGGUGCGCUGCUCAGGCACAGAGCUGGCCCUGCAGCAGUGCCAGAGGCACGGGCCAGUGCACUGCUCCCACGGCGGUGGGCGCUUCUUGGCUGGAGUCUCCUGCAUGGACAGUGCUCCAGACCUGGUGAUGAACGCCCAGCUAGUGCAGGAGACAGCCUACUUGGAGGACCGCCCGCUCAGCCAGCUGUAUUGUGCCCACGAAGAGAACUGCCUCUCUAAGUCUGCGGAUCACAUGGACUGGCCCUAUGGAUACCGGCGCCUAUUGCGCUUCUCCACGCAGAUCUACAACCUGGGCCGGACUGACUUCCGUCCAAAGGCUGGACGCGAGAGUUGGGUUUGGCACCAGUGCCACAGGCAUUACCACAGCAUUGAGGUCUUCACCCACUAUGACCUCCUCACUCUCAAUGGCUCCAGGGUGGCUGAGGGGCACAAGGCCAGCUUCUGUCUGGAAGACACGAACUGCCCCACAGGACUGCAGCGGCGCUACGCAUGUGCCAACUUUGGGGAACAGGGAGUGACUGUAGGCUGCUGGGACACCUACCGGCACGACAUUGAUUGCCAAUGGGUGGAUAUCACAGACGUGGGCCCCGGGAACUAUAUCUUCCAGGUGAUUGUGAACCCCCACUAUGAGGUGGCAGAGUCAGAUUUCUCCAACAAUAUGAUGCAGUGCCACUGCAAGUAUGAUGGGCACCGGGUCUGGCUGCACAACUGCCACACAGGGAGUUCAUACCCAGCCAAUGCAGAACUUUCCCUGGAGCAGGAACAGCGUCUCAGGAACAACCUCAUCUGAAGCCAUCACUGCGCACUCCUACCUGCUGCCGAUACACCAGAUACCUCAGUUUACUGGAGCCAUGCCCUUCACAGAGUCCCAACUCAGAGGAAAAGGGCCAGGGCCAAGGGGCACAAAGAACCUGCUCAGGAAGCCUUUGAUAGCAAGAUCACCAAUCCAGAUAGUACUGCUCCCUCAGGAUAGCUCUGGACCUGUCCUCUAAGGGCCUGUGGCCUAUGGAAUAUGACCUCCAGGCUUUGCUCAGCUGAGCUCUUCUAUGAGGACACCCAGGCAACCCUGAAUCUUACCACUGAGAUCCUGGAGCUCUCAGUUCCUUCGGGACAGACUAUGGCCCCAUCUAAGUGGUGCUUUGCAGAUGUCUUGGAGGAGUAUAGGACAGAGGACCAAAAUACACAGCUGGUGGUGUUAGCUCUCUACUAGGAGCUCAAAGCAACACAACUUGUAUCAAAAUCACAACUGGCAGAGAAGCUGGUGGAUUCAAUCCUUUCUUCAUCGGUUGUUAUUUAGAACUCACCUCUCACACUCUGCUAAGAGUCUGUUCUUUAGUGUCCUUACCUUUAUCCAACCACACACAUGGGUGCUUCUGCUAUCCUUAGAAGCGUAGACCUUGGGCAUCCCCUUAUUGCCUGAUGGGCCAACACCACCAGUUACUGAGUGCUUGACAAGGGGCAAGUUUCACAGAAAUGGCCAGAUAGGGCAUUCCUACAGAGCAGCAAGAGUAAGCCAAGCAGAAAGACUGCUGAGGUAACAUGCACCCCAGCCCUUGCCAGGGCCUCUGCUAAGGAAAAAAUAUGCAACAUUUACCUGGCAGGCAGUCUGAUCUCUCUCAGGAUCACAUGUAUCUCAGGAUUGGUCUAAGCUUCCAGUCUCAACCAAGUGUCUAAAGUGAACUUUGCAUUCAAUAAAUUUUUGCCAUGGAAAGAACAUCAGUCAAACAAGCCACUCAUCCCUUUAGAGGUAUGAAGACAAAUUUGGCAGAGCGCGGAGACAGAAGACCAUGGAGAAAUCAGAAGGGGGAAUAGUCAAUUUAGUGAAGGACGGAACCUGGGAAAGGCCACCAUUCCUGUCUGAUGGGGCUGCGACUUGUUCUCGUUCAAGGAGAAUAAAACCCCAUGGUCUUCUUGACGUGAUUCUUGAUCUUUUCUCCACUGAGACACACUUAGGUGAUGAUCCUUACAGGACUAACACCCUAAUGCCAAUAAAUGUUGCUCAUUAUGGACUGCUACAAAGACCAGACCAGCUAUGAUUAUGUAUACACCCCAGAACCACAGUCCCUUUCCCUCGCAUGGAGCCAGGGCCUGGGAUGCACAGGGCACACAUGCUUCUCAUGACUACCCAUCUGCAUUUCUCCAAUCAGACAUGAGUCUGCUUCCCAUUCAGCCUCCCCAGGCUCAGAGCUGAAACACAGGUUAGAAAGGUUAAGAGAUGAAGGACAGGGGCAAGGAGGUAAAGUCUGAGGAUUGUAAACUUUUAUCAUCAAGGCUGCAAAGCCAAAAUAAAUGGUAGCAGAUG